UCGGCUUCGGGAAGCCGUCGGUUGCACAAGCUUGGCGCUUGUGCACUGUUUGCUUAGGACUCGCCGACUCACCGCUUCGCCCUAGAUGCCAUGAGGUCUAACAUACAUUUCAAGCUCCUGCUGGUAGGCCUGGCAAUCGGCGUGGGAUGGGCCACUGAAUCGCUUCCGGUUGGUGCAAUUGAAGUGGAUCGCAAGGACGACGCAAUCAAAAGACAUGUCACUGUCGAUACAGCAACCACGUCAUCGAAGCCUCUGGUUCCGAGCUCUGCCGAAGCACAAGUCAGACCUGAAGCAUCGGGAAGCGCGCCCCUGGAUACAGGACCUUAUGGCAUCCACAUAGAUUUGCUGCCUUUUCCGAUAGACAGACCAACCCAUGAAUCACUCGGGUUUAUACCGAGCCCCAUGUACAGACCUUUCGCAGUACCUUUCCACGUGCCUCUAUCUUACCAUCCAAUGCCACCCUUCUCUCUGACUGUGCCAUAUGUGAUACACAGGCGCCCAAUUCUUGGUGCCGGCCACGCGGGAUACCCAUUUCAGAUAACACACGCCGCAGCACCCUUUAUACCGGGGCUGUCCUAUCUUCCUCCGCUGCCGCCGCCUCCUCCCGGUUAUCCGCCGUUGCCGCCCCUACCUGGCCGUCCUGGGAGACUUCCGCCGCCCCCUCAGGUUCCGAAGCCACCGCAGCCGCCUAGCCUUCCGAAGCCUCAACUACCGCCCCCUCGGAUACCUCAGAUUCCUCCCAGGCGGCCUUCACCGCCCACGCAACCGCCAAAGUUGCCACUGCCAAAGCCUUCCCCUCCCGUCGAGCCAGCACCACCGAAGCGGCCCGCACCACCCCAGAGAAAGCAACCGCAGCCGCUACCGGUUCCCAAACCACUGCCAGCGCCUAAGCCAGUGCCAAGGCCUCCGACUCUCCCCAAGCAACCGAAGCCUGAGAGAAAGCCGGAGCCCGAAACGGGACCAGUCCCCUUGCCAGAGGACGAGGAGGACACCGAGAUCGCCGAUCCAAUAUCCGACCCACCUGUGCUCUCCGAAGAGAAUGCCCCUGGGAGCGAAGAAUUUUCUAGUUACUACGAACCCGAGGCGCAUUUAGGCCAGGUUGUUGCGGAAGAAGUCGCCGGCGCUGCCAGUACUACAGCAGGUGAUAUUAUCAGCCCUAAUGGUGCAGCCGAUUCGAAGUCACAGCCGGGGUCCUCUCUUUACGAUAGCCAUGUCGUGGAAGUUUGACGACCGCAGGCUGAACAUUAUGUCGUGCAGUUUAUCGAUUCCUUCACUUUGCGUCUGAGCUGCGUUAUUCAAAAAUGCAUUCAUUUGUCGUAUAUGCUAACAGCAUUUAUUUCGCUUUCCUAGUAACGAAGAUUCAUACGCUUUUAUUUUUCUUUAUAAAACGCGUAUUUAUUUGUAUUCACGCGGUACUUCACUUCGUGUUGAGCCAGAAUCGGUCGUUCUCGUUGCGCCUUCAGUACGUGUUGCAAUGCUGAAAUAACUACAGUAACUCUAUUGAAAAGCAGUUAUCGUAUUGCAUCUACAUGCUUGAGCUCUUUUUUUCAGUAAGCGCAUGUUCGAAUGUUAUUGAGUGUGAGAGUCUGUAGUAUUUCUUUUUUUGCUUGUAUCUGUGCACAGCAGCGCGCACACUGCUUCCUAAGCGCAAAGCUUCUCCUGACGAAUAAAUUUCUUGGCCGCUAUAUACUGAUACAUACGGGACCGCAUAUUACACUGAUCCACUUCAUUUGCCAUUCUUUUCUUAUCCGUCAUGCCAAAUGGCCGAUUCUUGCGAUAAUCGAAACAACACAGCGACAUCCGCGAGAAUGAUGAAAGGCGAAAAUAAUGGGGAAUGAAAUGAAUCGCUGCGAAAUAUGACCCUUGAGUGUAUUUUGUACCAACUAGCAGGCAUUUCCAAUACCACAGUCAAUAAUGAAACAGCAACUUCUAACGGUUUAGACGCACUGUUACACCGAAUCUAUGCAGAGGUACAAUCGACCAUUAUUUGCGAGCUAUGCUCAGACGUAGCUAACUUAGAGCACAUGCUGUGGCGGUGCGCUGCGUUACGCGACGGCGUCACGUCGUCCAAAUGGGAGGCUGCCCUAAGCAGCCCCGAUCUUGAAGCACAUCUGUGGCCUGUCCAUCGGGCCCGCGACGCAGCAGGGAGGCUCGGUCUGUCUGUACCGACGUGGGAGCGGCCCGCUAGGUGCUGACGCGCGUUCCGGAGGACCAGAAAAAAAGUUUUACCAUACAAUAGCAGGCAGUCUAUAUUGACAUGCCUGUAAAUCAAUAACUUUGAACUCGAAAGCCGACACUCUGUAUUCGUUCAUCAAGUGGCAUAUGUCGGCGCUGAAAUUGCUUUUAUGGUUUUACCACGUGACUUGAACGAGUGUGGACACGUGUGUUCGUCUGUCUGAGCACAAGUAAACGUGCGAAUAAAGACUUCUG